AUAAAAAAAAAUGAAGCUUACUGUAGGCGUGGUCAGCCGUCGCCAUCUUGGAAAUGCGUCAUUCUCGGAUACUCGAAAAUGGGCAGAGGCGGAUCUUAGGGGGAGUUAAGAUUACAGUUUGCUGAAACCAUAGAGACCAUCCCACCACCCGCGACAUUUGAAUCAUUUGAACAUCUCAGCGUACUAUCGAGGUAAAUUAACCUGAAACUACACAACAAAACUUAAAAUAAUAAAUGUUGUUGAUAUUAUUAUGGCUCUCUGUGGCAAGCCGUUUUGACUUAUUCUUAGGAUAUGCUUUAUUGAUUUCAACAUUCAGCAUUCAUUAUAUUUCUUUUGUUUGAAAUAACUGAAUUGUUGAUAUCAACUAUUUAAUUGUUAACAUCAAAAAGUAUUCUUUAUAUAAAAUUCUUAAAUUAAAUAUUUUUUUAUAUCAACAAUUAACAGUUGUAUGUUCAAUGUUGGCAGUUGAUAUUGUUUACUGGUUGAAAUGUGAUAAGUAAUGCUAGUAAAAUGUGACUUGGGUUUAUUUACUAACACAAUAAUGUAUUUAUUAAUAAUAGUUCAACAUUUAGUAAUGCAUUUAAUUUGAGCUUGUUAACAUUAUCUAAAGUAUUGUGAGUAUAACAUUUAUAUUGGAACAAAAGUAUUAGUUAAUAUUGAUGUGUUGUUUGUUGGGAUAGAAUGAUAUUUGGUUAAAAAUCAACAAUUUGAAAAUCUAGAAUUUUAAGGAGUCAAAUAUUUCCAUAAGAAAAUCCCCUUAAAAGUUGUCCAAAGUUCUUUGCAAUAAUAUAUUUACAGUAGAAAAUAUUCAAAACUUGUCACUAAAUAUCACUAAUUUUGACUCACACAAUGCAUUUUGACUACUCCUGUUUGUGGACCAGGAUCACAUUUUAUUAAUUACAUCUACUAAUAUUUAAUAAUGGAACAUUAUUUUAAAGUGUUACCAAUGUUUAUAUCUUUCAGUUAUUGAUUGCUGCUUACAUCAUGGCCUCCUCUGAAACAUCCUCAUCCACGUCUGUUAGGUCACAAAAAUUAAACUACACAGUGUGGAUCAUUGGUGACAGUUAUGUCCGACGAGGUGCCCAGAGAGCGCAGGAGACUGUGGGCAACAACCUUGGGCUGCCUGGGGCCCAUAUCUCUUGGUUUGGCUGGGGCGGUUUAAGGUGGAAACGACUUCCAAAAUACUUCCAGGACUUGAUUAAAGGAAGAGUCGUACCAGAUGUCCUUGUCCUUCAUUGUGGAGGAAAUGAUAUUGGGGAGGUCACCAGCGUCCUGCUGGUGAACUCAAUGAAAGAGGACUUGCUCCAGAUGAAGCUCCAGCACCCUGAUAUGAAAAUUUUGUUUUCAUCUUUAACACAGAGGUGCUGGUGGAAGGCUGGUGCUAAGCCAGCUAAACUUGACAAGGCCCGGAAAUUUGUUAACAGUGUUAUGGCUACAUUUGUUGAUAGCCUAAAUGGUGCCAUGAUUAUGCACUCUCACAUUAGACAUGACAGUCUUGGGCUAUUCCUAAAAGAUGGAGUUCAUUUCACACCUAUGGGAAAUUAUAUUUUUUUAAGCAGUAUUGCCAACUGCCUUAAAGACCACAUUCAAAUGCAGUGAACAGCCAAUAGUGUCACUGCUUUUGAAUUUGGGCUUUAGGGCCCAUUUGAUUUAAAUAGCCUUGACCAUUAUGGCUAAUGUAGAGUUUUUUUUAUGUUUAUUCUUAA